AUGAUAGAGGUGGUGAUGAUGGGUGUUAGGACCAUGGUGAUGGUGAUGGUGGGGUUGAUGGCGGGUAGUGGUUGUGGAGGUGGUGAUGAAGGUGGUGGAGGUAGUGAUGAUGCGGGUGGUGGUGGUGAUGGUAGUGUUGCGGGUGAUGGUAGUGGUGCUAGUAGCGAUGGUGGUGUUGAGGGUGGUGAUGGUGAUAAUGGUGGUGGAGGUAGUGUGGUGGUGCUAGUAGUGAUGGUAGUGUUGAUGGUGACGAUGGUGAUAAUGGUGAUGAUGGUGAUGCUGGUAGUGAUUGUGGUGUGUGGUGUUGAGGGCGAUGGUGGUGAUGGUGGUGGUCACGGUAGUGUUGAUGGUCAUGAUCGGGGUGCUAGUAGUGAUAGUGGUGUUGAGGGUGGAGGUGGUGAUGAUGGUGGUGAUGGUGAUGAUGGUGGUGCUAGUGGUGAGGUGGUGUUGAGUGUGAUGAUGGGGUGGUAA